ACAGUCUAACCUUUUUCAACACCAGUUAGUAUAUAUAUAUAGGUAUGUUGUGGGUCAUAUUAUAAAAUGAAAUAAUCCAAAUAGUUUAUAUCAUGAGAGAGAAAUUAGAUAUAUAACUUUUGUAGUCUUUGAUAAGAGAAUUAUAUCAUGGGAAAAGGAAGAGCACCAUGUUGUGAUAAGAGUCAAGUUAAGAGAGGACCUUGGAGCCCUGCUGAAGAUCUCAAACUUAUAGCUUUUGUUCAGAAAUUUGGUCAUGAAAAUUGGAGAGCUCUCCCUAAACAAGCAGGUCUUCAACGAUGUGGGAAAAGUUGUCGUUUGAGAUGGAUCAAUUAUCUUAGGCCUGAUUUAAAGAGAGGCAAUUUUACAGUUGAGGAAGAGGAAACCAUAAUAAAGCUACAUAAAACCUUGGGAAACAAAUGGUCAAAGAUUGCAUCUUAUUUUCCUGGUAGAACUGAUAAUGAGAUCAAGAAUGUGUGGAACACACAUUUAAAGAAAAAACUUGUUGUCAAAAAAUCAGAGUCAAGUGGAGAUGAAUCUAAGUUAGAAUCAUCAAUAACCUCACCCUCUUCAUCAGAAUCAUUUUUAUCAAAUGAGGUACCAAUGAAAGAUUCUGAAAAACAAGUAUCCAACAAUGAACUUGUUAUAAUCAAUGAGGAUCCAAAAGGGUCAUCAUCAAAUUCAUUAUCAUCUUCAAUUGAGUCUAAUACAAUCUUGAACUCAAGCCAAAUUGUUGACAACAAUAAUUUAGAACAAGAAUUGGCUUCUCUAGGGUUUUAUGAUGAUCCAAACAAUUUGAUUGAAAUACCAUGGGAAUCAGAUUAUGAUCUUUGGAAUUUUAUUGACAACAUUGGAACUUAUCAAUCAAAUGUUGGUGAAGAGACUGUUCAAGAUGUUGUUGAAGCAAAAAAUUGGUCAUCACAUGAUGAAUUUGAGAAUGAGUUUGGAGUAGUAGGUGAAACAAAGGAGUCAAACAACAAAGAUGAUGAGGUCCUACCAAAGAAUUAUGAAGUUGAACAAGAAAUUGACCCUCAUGAGGCAUUUGAUUUCAAUGAUAUUAUAAUGCAAGAUUCUGAAUUAGAUUUUGGUAAUAUUCAAUUGUGGCCCUCUUUGCCUCAAAAUGGUAUUCCAAAAGUUUAAUUUACAAACCAAUAGUUUGAAAAAAGUUUAUAUGAGAUUCAUGAAUUUGUGAUACUUAGUAGGUAUACUGACAUUGGCAAAUUAAUCAAGGUCAUUAGGUAUCUUUGAUGUAUGAUGGAUUUCAUAUGUAUACUUUUGAAAAGUGUUGUUAGAUUAGAUUGUAGCUUGAAGAACAAGCAUGAAAUAUGCAUCAAUAAAUAAUACUUUCUUCCUUCAUUUUUAGUA